GAGUUUAUAGGUGUUACAAGAAGCCAAACUCGUACUACACAACUACCAACAAGAAAAAAAGUACCCGUCAAAACUCGAGUGCACAAUGCUAUAGUGUCAACUUCUAAAGUAUCAGAUUUACCUCCAAGAAAAAGACAAAAUACUCGAAUAUCAUUGAAUGAACAGAGAAUCGAGCAGCCUAGUCAAGAAUUAACGAAUGAACAGAGAAUCAAGCAGCCUAGUCAAGAAUCAACGAAUGAACAGAUAAUCGAGCAGCCUAGUCAAGAAUUAAUGAAUAAACAGAUAAUUGAGCAGCCUAGUCAAAAACCAGUGAAUGAACAAAGAAUCGAGCAGCCUAGUCAAGAAUCGACAAAUGAACUGAGAAUCGAGCAGCUUA